CAAAGUGGAAUUCCAUUUCCUUUCUGUCCUACAGUUAGAGAGGACAGACAGUCCCCAGGGUCAGAUCAGCUGUGCAAGAGCAAAGUCCGUCACCUCAGGGCUGGUGCUUGGGGUAGGCAUUAGGAGAAUUUUAGGGCACUGGCAUCAAAGGGGUUUCCCAGCGGAAAGGCCCUGAGGGAAAGCAGGGUCCCUCCUCCUAGGCCCUCCCUUCUCUAUCCCUGGUGGGGGCGGGGGCAGGGGCUCCUACCUGGGCCAAGGCCCCGCCCCCUUCCCCAGGGGACUGGGCAGGAGCUUUGCUGGGGACCCUGCCCUGGCUUAGGCGGUUGCUGUGGGCGGGCCCCUGGCCCGGCCAGUGCCUGGGCCUCCGCCUGCAUUCUAGAGCCCCAGCCGCUCCACUGCUGUUGCUGCUGCCUUGGCUGGGCUGCCGCCUCUCCUCAGCCGCUGACCACUGCUGACCACCCCAUCCCAGCCCAGCUGCUCUGCUCUCCUGGCCAUGACCCCAGCCCCUCAGGGACUCUGGCCCAGCCCUGAGCUCUGAGGCCCCCUCCCUCUCCUGUGGGCCAUGGCCAACUCGGGCCUCCAGCUCCUGGGCUACUUCCUGGCCCUGGGAGGUUGGGUAGGCAUCAUUGCCAGCACAGCCCUCCCGCAAUGGAAGCAGUCCUCUUACGCUGGUGAUGCCAUCAUCACCGCCGUGGGCCUCUACGAAGGGCUCUGGAUGUCCUGCGCCUCCCAGAGCACCGGACAGGUUCAGUGCAAGCUCUACGACUCACUGCUCGCUCUGGAAGGUCACAUCCAGUCUGCACGAGCCCUGAUGGUGGUGGCUGUCCUCCUGGGCUUCGUGGGUAUGGUCCUGAGUGUCGUCGGCAUGAAGUGCACCCGGGUUGGAGACAGCAACCCCACCGCCAAGGGGCGCAUCGCCAUCUCUGGGGGCGCCCUCUUCCUCCUGGCGGGCCUCUGCACUUUGACUGCUGUCUCAUGGUAUGCCACUCUGGUGACCCAGGAGUUCUUCAACCCGAGCACACCUGUCAAUGCUAGGUACGAAUUUGGCCCGGCCCUGUUCGUGGGCUGGGCCUCUGCUGGCCUGGCCAUGCUGGGGGGCUCCUUCCUCUGCUGCACGUGCCCGGAGCCGGAGAGAACCGACAGCAACCCGCAGCCCUACCGGCCUGGCCCCUCAGCUGCCGCCCGAGAACCAAUUGUUAAAUUGUCUGCCUCCGCCAAGGGUCCCCUGGGUGUAUAAUGUCCAGGUCCCCAGCCUGGCUCUGUCCCCCUGCCACACCUAGACUGUGUGUUUGGUAUUUUUUGGAAAGAGAAGUGAACGUCAAGCCCCAAGUGUGGUGUCUGUCCCUGGCGUGGCUAGGGUGGGGCCUAGCUCAGAGGUCAGAGCAGGUCCUCGGUUUUGUUGGGCAUAAAAAUGGGGACACAGAGGUCCAGGGUGGGUUACAAAGCACAUCCAAGGCUGAUCAGGGCGGCUACCCUAUGCCCAGGGCCCUCCCCAGCCUGGCCUCGGGUUGGCACCAGGACCUCCGCGAUAGGACACGCUACUCUGAGGCCGGGUCCAGCGCUGAGAGCCAGCCCCAGGGUCAGGGAGCCUCUGGUCUGACAGACACACAGCCCCACCCCUGUUACUCUGCCUGCCCCUGGGAGCCCUCCUGGUGGAGGGGAACGUCCCUGGGAGGCCCUCCAGCUGGGUUCUGGAGGUCAGAGCUGGGUUUGCCGGGAAAGGGUAGGAGUUCGUUAAGUGGCGAAGGGACUGGGGGAAGGAUGGCAGGGCCUUUCGGGCAUUUGGACUGUCCCGAGCAAGGUUGGAAGCUCCAGCUCUGCUCCCACCCAAAUGCGGCCCCUUUCCCACACCCACCAUUCCUCCUCUCCGGUCUGCGCUGCGAGGCUCGGCUAUAUUCCUGUCCUAGAACCAGAACAGGGAGGGGGUGGUCUGAUGCUGCCCGAGACUGGCCAGAGCUCCAUCCUCAUGCAGAGGUGCAGCCAGAGCCAAAGGGCUUUCAGGCUUGAAGUACAGGGAACCAACCAUCCCCUUCCUCGAAAAGGGGAAAUGUCCUCAGAGGAAUGUAAAAUUAACACAGAUCAGCUCCUCCCCUAUGUUCAGGCCUCUCCAACCCCAAACAUCCUCCCUAGAGCCUGGGUCUCUCUCUGACCACUUCCUCCUUUCUCUUCCAUCUGGAAAGAGCUGACCAUAACUGUCCCUUGCCUCCCCCACACCCUCCUCAACCAGCUUCAUUCUGGUUUCCUCUGCCAGCAUAUGGUGCCACAUCUCCCAUCAGGUCACACAUCCCAGAGACACAGCUCCGCCUUCCCGAGCUUAAAUCUGAGAGGCGAAGUUGUGGACUCCAGUGGGGGCCAGAGGGAUGGGAGGAGGGAAGAGCUGCAGAGGGAUAAUUUGUGCGGCGCCCUGGCCUGGCAACUGCCUGUAUCCAUGGGAAGCCUUAGGAGAGGCUGUUGCAUGAGGCCUGUAAAGCCUCUGACCACAGGGGAGGGACACCUAACCUAAAUGGGUUUACCAGAGUCCUGCCCUCCCCAAUUGUGAAUGAGAACUAUGGAAGUCCCACUAGGUGCCUGAGCUAUAACGCAGUGGAUGCACAUUUGAGUCACCUGGGGAGCUGACACCCAGGCUCUACUUCCAAUAUUUCGAUUUAAUUGGCUUGGAGUGGACCUGACAUCUGAGUUCAGGCAGUUCCCUGAACGGCUGCAAUGUGUGGCCGGCAGCAGUUGGGGCCUCAUUUCUCACCACUCUGAGAAGGCUCAGAGGGAAAAAGGCACCUACAAGAACAGAAGAGGAAAGUCAAGUUCUGUCUCCUUCUGCCUUUCCUGAGACCAGGCUACUCCAUGAGAUUCCCACAUCCUCCCCAUAAAUAUGCCCUUUCGGCUGAAAUAAGUUUGAGUUUGAGUUUUUGUUACACACAACCAAAAGACCCCUGACAACACCAAAUGUGGAACCUGGACACUGAGUGUCGCAGUGAGAGCUCCUGUUAUGGGUGCCAACUGAGCAUGGUGGGACGCAGGGCACAGAGGCUCCACCUCCCUGUCCCAGGCUGGGACUCUGUCAUCCCUUACUAUCUGGUCAUGAAGCAGUUGUCCAGGAAAUGGUACAUCGUCUCUUGAGGUUCAGGGCCUACCAGAGGCUUAGGACUCUUACCAAGCAAGGGUUCACUGCUGAUGUGCAUAGAAGCCACUACUAUGGCACCGGCUUUUGAGAAAAGAAAGCAGCUUUAUUUGCAAGUAGAUUGGCAAGACAGGAGGCAGGGCUCAGAUUUGUCUUCCUUAGUCCAGGAUAUGGGGUGGGGUUUUAAGGGGUAGCACUUAAGGGUUCACGAGUGUUACCUUACUCCUGAGUGUAACUUUUGUUCUGGGUCUUGUCGGAAACAAGAUAAAACCAGGUUCUAUGCGUAUAGGACUUGGUAGGAAGAUAUUGGGAUAGACUGUGCUGUCUGCUUCUUGCGGCUUUCAGGGACAGGCUGUGAGAGAGACAAGCUCCAUGCCAGCGGGCAGGCCUGACAGGGAUAGAAAAAGCGUGGGUGUUCCUUUGUGAAGGGAAGCCCUUUCUGCCCCAUAGCCAGAGACUGGAGACGUGGAGUCAGAUCACCACAUACAACCCAGCUAUAAUCAUACACUGAUCAACAGCACAGUGGGGUGCUGGCCAUGCGUAGGAGACGUCUGGAAGAAGUUAGAGGGCUUUGAGGCUAGAAGAUUUGGGGAAGCCUGACCCCCCCCCCAGGCCUCUCUGAAGCAACCUCUUUCAAAUGUCCACAUCAAAGUCACCUGGGGGGCCGGCCCGGUGGCUCGGGUGGUUAGAGCUCCAUGCUUCU